AUGUCGAACACCGCAUCGGAUAGACAUAUUACGAUUUUCUCGGAGCAGGGUCGCCUGUACCAAGUCGAAUAUGCCUUCAAAGCCAUUACUGCGGCCAAUAUCAUGUCGGUGGGACUAAAAGGCAAGGACUGCGCCGUCGUCUUGUCCCAGAAGAAGGUCCCCGAUAAGCUCAUCGACCCCUCGUCCGUCUCGCACAUCUUCCAAAUCUCGCCAUCCGUCGGCUGCGUCAUGACUGGAUCAAUCGCCGAUGCCAGGCCCCUAGCUCAGCGUGCGCAGUCUGAGGCUGCCGAGUUCAAGUAUAAGUAUGGCUACGAGAUGCCCGCGGAUGCCCUUGCCAAGAGGCUCGCAAACAUCAGCCAAGUCUAUACGCAGAGGGCCAUGAUGAGGCCGUAUGGUGUUGCGACCACGCUGAUUGCUCUCGACUCGGAGUACGGACCCCAGCUUUUCAAGUGCGACCCGGCUGGAUACUAUAUCGGAUAUAAGGGUGUCGCCGCGGGCCCCAAACAACAAGAGGCUCUCAAUCAUCUGGAGAAGAAGCUCCGGAACAAGGACAGCGCGCCAGGUUCGUGGGAGGAUGUGGUUGAGUUGGCCAUCACGACACUGAGCACCGUCCUCAGCAUGGACUUCAAGAAGACGGAGAUCGAGAUUGGUAUUGUAGGAGGGCCGCGGGCUGAUGGCAAGGAGGGAACCGAGCCCGGGUUCAGGACGUUGACGGAGGAGGAGAUCGACGAGAGAUUACAAGCGAUUGCCGAGAAGGAUUAA